AUGUCAUUUAAACUAUCUUUGCAUUGUCUGCUGAUCCUGGCAGGAUAUCUCACUUCAAUUGAAGCCGAAGUUUUCCCGCAGUGCGCAAAUGCUCCAUUGGAUACCUUUGUCAUGGCCAUCGAAGAUUGCGCUUCAUACAUCUAUUGCAAUGGAGAAGACUCCUUCCGAGACAGCUGCCCCGAGUCCACCUACUUUGACGAUCGAACCCAAGAGUGUGCCUUUGAUGAUGAGGGUGUGUGUCUAAGGAACUCAGACUCAGUCCAGACUGAGGAGCAGCCCGAUAAGCAAACUACUGGUGAGGAGCAGAGCGGGAUCGAAGAAACCACUCCCGUUCCAACACCGCCUUCUGAUUACGCCUCUACAGGAUCUGCGGACUCUUCUACUUUCCAAGCUGAUUCUACAACAACCCCUACAGAAUCAAUUCCUUCAGUGACUGAGCCACCGACUACAUCUGCUACGCCAUCCUCCCCAUCUGCAAAGCCUUCCUCUCCAGCUCAGGAAAGGCCGCACUGCGACAUUUCCGGAGAUGGUGACCAUCCUCAUCCCCAGCGGUGCGAGUACUACUACAGGUGCCUCAGCGGCUAUCUGACCAUUGUGAGAUGUCCUUACAAGUAUGGCUGGGACUUUCCUACAAAGCAAUGCAAGCCUAGCAGCGAGGCUCAGUGCUUUAGUUAUAGCUACUAGAUUUAUCUUUAGAAGCUCAACUUUGAUCUAAAUAAAUUAGAUUAGAUUAGGCGAUCUGUAGGUUGAUUUCAAAUCAUUUUAUUAACUUUUAUACAUUUAUUUAUAUGUUCUUAAGAUGAGGCUUUAACUUUGAUCAUAAUCAAAAAUAAAUGAAUAAUUUCCUGU